UUGAACUCAAUGGCGGGGAACAUGCGCACUUCCUGGAAACAAAGUGAAACAUUCACAAAAACAUUACUUUACAGUGCAGUGUAACGUUUAAUCAUAUUAAAUUGAUAGUUUUUAUGUCAAAUUGGAGGUUUGGUUGUUAAUAUGGACCUGUGGAGAGCAGAGAGAUUGAACUCGCCGUCGGACUUCAUGAAAGCGCCUGACGGAGCAUCUGUCCAUAAUCCAACUUCUUCUCUGAUGACACCUGCUCAGUUUACUGGGGGUCCUGUGACCCUGCCCACAGCUACAUGUACUACACCCAUCCAAGCUCUGCCAUCUUCCACAGCUCCUCAAACUACACUUUUCAGAGCACCACCCCAUGCUAAGUUCAGUGUGGAGGGGUUUGGCUUUACUGAGACUGCUGGCUUGGAGUCAAGGGUUUCCAUCCAUGACAAACAACAGAGCGAGAACAUUUUACUGCAUCGGUCUGACCCCAGACUGUCAGAAGAUGAGAGGAGCAGCUCAAAACCCCUGCUGCAAGAGAUUGAAAGAUUAAGGGAAGAGAAGGAAUUGUUGAGAGGAGAGAUAGAGCAUCUGCGAGGAAGAGUGGAGUGUCUGAGAGAGCAGAUCAGAGACCAGCAAAGCCAAAUAAAUAGACACUGUAUAGAGUGUGAUGCAUUACAUGGUGAACUGAAGAGUUGCAAGGCUGAACUCAUUAUGAGUCAAGAUCAGCUUUCGGCCCUAAAAAAAGAGUGUGAAUUAGAACGUCAGUGUUUGAAGGAGGAGUUACAGGACUCAAAGGAGGUGACAGAGAGACUGCAACAAAAAUUAGAGGAACAGAGCAUGACUAGCGAUGCUGCAUAUGAAGUGACCUCACUGAGGGCCCAAUUCCAGGAAGUGACAACAGAGAGAGAUGAGUUGAGGAAUCAGCUGAGUGUUCUGAACAGCUCACUGUUGGAACAGUCAGAGUGUAUGCAGAAAUUGCGCACAUAUAUUGGCAGCAACAUCAAAGAGAGAAAAGAAGAGGAAGAGCUUAGACAACAGAUAAAGCAUUUGGAGAAGGAAAAGGAAGGCAUGUCUCUGUCUGUACAGCUGUUGAAUGUCCGAGUGAAUGCAGCCAAUGAUAUUCUGGCCAUUCAGGAGAAAGAGCUCUGCGAACAGGUGCAGUCUGAUCCAUUGUACUCUGGCAGUAAGGCUGGGCAGAUGUUGAGUGUUUGGAGACAGAAGGUUUUCACGCUGCUUGUUAAAUUACAGACCAGAGACAUUCAACUCCACACAGAGAAAACACAGCUAAACGAUAUGGUUUCUGCUCUACAGCAAGAAGCUGAGUGUUUGCAGUCACAGAACAAUGUACUCCAGCACCAACUACAGGAUAAAACAGCUCAGCUGGAGCUUCAGCAUGUACACUCUCAGGGAGUACAGCAGCAGUUGGCCAGUGCUGUACAGGAGAAUGCUCAGCUGAAAGAGCAGAAUAAGAACACAGAGGGAUCACUGAUUGAUAUCAGCGAAACCACACAUAGGGUGAUGUCAGCCGUAGAAAUGAAGAUGGGUCAGAUGGAAGCAGUUCAGUCCAGUGUAAGUCAGCUGAAUCAGAGAAUUGCAUUCGCUGCCAAACGAUUGGACACAGUACAUGGGCUGCUCUUAAGGAGAGAAGCUCUGUGGAAAACCAGACAAGCUACAAGAUCUCCAGAGCCAGCAGGUUCGGAGAGCUUUGUUAAGAGUCUCCAGACUGAGGUUGCACUGUUGAGCGUGGAGAGAGAUAAACUCACACAGGAGCUCAAACGUACACCAGAACUAAUCCAGGCCUCCCUGUCAGAGCUACAGAAGCAGCGAGAGAGAGAGGUCAGACAUCUGAAGGAAGCUCUGUCACUCAGCAAGGAGGAGUUGGAGGCAUCAGAAUUGAGCCGAAUGGAAAUUCAGGGACAAUGUGAGGAGCAGGAGAGGACCAUUGUGGAGGUCCGAACUGAGGCCCAGAGACUACAGCAACAGUGUGACUCAGUGUUUCACAGGUUAUCAGAAGUUGAGAGUGUUUGUGCAGCGAAGGUCAGUGAAAUGGAGGCACAACUCAACACAGCAAGAAGAGAGCACACAAAAGCAGUGGUUGCUUUGCGGCAGGUACAGAGGCAGGUGGAAAGAGAGAAAGAGCACAUGAAAGAGGCAGAGAAAGAAAGAACAGAACACACACACACACAGAUUGCGCAUCUGCAGAAAUGUCUAAAAGACAAGGACAAAGACCGCAACCUUCUCCUGGCAGUUGUUCAGGAACAGGGUUUGAUGAACGAAUAUAAGAGACUGAGAAGAUCAGCCAUCCAGACGACUGAAACCUUAAAACAAGACCAUCAUCAUCAGUCUGAGAGCAGCAAUCCUACCGCACCUCAAAGUCUGCUGGGGGAGCUGCAGGCUCUUAGUGCUGCAGUGAUGGGCAGCUCAGAGGAAGAGGAUGAUGAGGAAGGUUAGGCCUCCAAUGAGACACAAAACACCCUCUUGUGCUGACACACAUGAAGAAUUGUGCUGAACACACCAGUCAAUUUUCUCUCACACAUAUUUUUUGCUGGUCUGUUCCACCCCAAUCUUGGGGUUUGAUGUCUGUUUUAUAAUUUAAUAAAGAAGAUUAUUGUAAAAUGGGGUUGGCAGAUCUUAAACUCAAAUGGCUUGCAAGAUUACAAAUGGAUGUAUUUAUUGGUUUAUAUUUAAACAUCCCAACUCCUUGAGAUCAGAUUAGUUUUGGUAAGUGUAUUAGAAGCUGCCAUUGGUCAGUUUAAAUCUGAUGGUGUGGAUUAUGUUGCUAAAACAUCUAGUCAUGCUAUCGAAUUGAUAUUGCUCAGAACCGUUGAAAUAAUUGAAAAAACAGGAGGAGGCAUAGAUGUUUAAAAGGUGAUGGGAAAAAUGUAGAGAUGGGCAGGGAUGCAACUGAAUUUAUAAAGGCUGAACAUAAUCCAAUUAAUCUCUUUAAUAUGUCAUCCCUAAUGUUACAAAUUUUGAGGCAAUUCAAACCAGUUGUCAGUAUAGUCAUGGCUAAAAACCAUUAUUAGGCAUAAUGCAAAUUUUCAUUAGAACAUUAUUUUAUAAAAUAUAUUAAGUGCCAUUCUUCUGCUAGCAGAUAUGGUCCUUUAUAUGUAAACCUACCUAAUUUAUACUCUGAUACUAAAAUUUUGGCUUCAGAACAGUACCAGCCCUGGUACCUCGGUAUCAAUACUAAAUUUGAGCCUCAGAUUAAAUGGCCUCAGAUUACUUCUGAAAGUACGCAGAAAGGACAAUUGCAUGAAGUUUUGCAGUUACAAAUCCUGUUUUUGCUGUUUUGUUUUUUGUCCAAUAAAAUGCUGCACUACAGAGCUUCAAAGUAUAAAUGAAAACAUUCAUGAAGAAAUCUGAUUACCUUUGGCACAAGGUUGCAAUGGGUGAAUCACAGCAUUCUCAUAUUCAGUUCACUUGCUUUUGUGAUAUUGCUUAUAUAUAAUAAUUAUAAUAAAACUAAUAAUUGUUAUUCUAAUAAACAAUUAUAUAAAUUAUCCUUUAAAAAAGCAUUUAUUAUGAAAUUAUUGUUAUUAGUAGUGUUAUUGCUAUCACUUCGAAUAUAAAAAUUUUCUAUACAGUAGUAAUUUUUUUCUGUCACAAUAUCUGUGAAGGGUUAGUUCACCCAAAAAUGAAAAUUCUCUCAUCAUUUACUCACCCUUAUGCCAUCCCAGAUGUGUAUGACUUUCUUUCUUCUGCUGAACGCAAACAAAGAUUUGUUGAAGAAUAUUUUUAGCUCUGGAUGUCAAUGCAAUGCAAGUGAAUGGUGGCCAGAACUUUACAUUAAGGCAUAAUAAAAGUAAUCCAUAUAAAAAAGAAGUGAUAUGAUGUGUGGGUGAGAAACAGAUAAUUAUUUAACUCCUUUUUUUAAAAUAAAUGUCAGAUUUCAAUUUCACUUAAAAAUUCUUCUUUUGGUUUUGGCGAUUUGCAUUCUUUGUGCAUAUCACCACCUACUAGGGAGGGAGGAGAAUUUAUAGUAGAGUAAAUUUCGUACCAUUUAAAAUCACAAUAUUUUGUUAGUUCUGGUAUACCAGGGAACCCUAAUGGUAAAUAGGUGUUUAAUUUAUACUGUGUAUUUAUUUAGCAUGGUUUCAAUGCUAUAUUAAGCCAUCAGCAUGCGGGACUGGAACUAUCUAUUUUAUCAUGUAAAAAGUCCUCAGACACAUUCCUUUUAGCUCUUAGCUGAGAUAUUUCAUCAAAAAGGUGUUUUAUAAUUUCUGAUAGCAGUGAUUAUAUAUCACACCUUUGGUCAUAUUAAACAUUUAUUGAUGAGAAAAUUGUGAAGUUAGUUGGGUCUGAAAUGUAAUGGUUGGACAUGGGAAAGUACAAGUUACUAGAGUUGGGGUACUCAAGUUCUGACUCAAGUUGGACUCAGAUGCAUUUUUACUCGGACUUGACUCGAACUUGAGCCUUUAGGACUUUAAGUCCAGCCGAGUCCAUGGCAUUUGUGAUGCAAUGACAAACGAACAAGCAGACAAAUAACAUAACGUCAGACCUGAAAAAAAAAAAUUGCAUCUAAAUGUCUAGGAUUUGGCUUGUCUUCAUAAUGAUGUGAUCUCUACAGUUAGUACCAUUAUAUAUUCUGUGUAUUUGAUACUGCACAUCAGUUUUAAUGCAUAUAUGUCCUUACGUUUGAUUAUUCUGGCUGAGAGCAGCAGCGCGCACUCUUUCAAAGUACUUUCUCUCUCUCUCUCUCUCUCUCUCUCUCUCGCCCGUGUGCCCGUGCUGUAUGU